AUGUCAACCGGAGAAGAGUAUGAUUGUGAGUCUACGCUGUUUGUGGGAGCAGUCACUACAGAAGUUCAAAUUCAGAAUGAUGUAUGCUAUAUGACCUUACCAGUACAGGGACACCUUACACGACUUAAAGUGGAUACUGGUUCACAGGUUAACAUCAUACCACUAAAGGAACUCAAAAAGAUCGCAGGGGACAACCCUCAUAUAGAUCCAUGCAACCAAAUACUGGUUAGCUACUCAGAAAAUAAACUCAAAUUCCUAGGAACCGGAGGGCUAUAUGUGAAAUCCAAGUUAGAUGCUGAUCAAGAGUUAACUUUCCAUGUAGUAGAAACUAAUCAGCCGGGAUUGCUGGAACUUCGAUAUUCACAAAACUUGGGCCCAAUUAAAGUAGGAAUUUGA